AUGUCGGGUCACAGCGCGAAACGCCAACGCCUGGACAACUCUGGAAGAUACUCGCCGGCCUCCCCACCCUUCGACGUCGCUGCCAAGGCGAGCGGCCAAACGACAAAGCCUUUUGUACCGCGUACUCCGACCUCUCCUCCUUGUCACUCGAUGAAUUCGCAGUCCAAUGGCCGCUCUGCCAUGACUGCGACUUCCACGUCUCCGGGCAAGACGCCGCCAUCCUCAGCCAACAUGUACCAGUCUGUGUCUCAACCGGCGACAUCGGCCUCGGCCCAGCACCCGUUUCCCACGUCAGCGAGCACUACAGGGCAUUCUUACUCGACGAACAUUGAUAGCGACGGUGAUGCGAUGAUGGAAGACGGCUCAGAAGAGACUGCGCAGGGCCUCGGCAUAGACACACAUUCCAAUCACGACCGGCAAGGGCAAGCACUCUUUUCUGAAAAGGGAGGGCUGAGAGCUGCAGAGGGAAUUUGUGGGAGUCUGCUCUUCUUGAGUGGCGACGAAACUUUCAAGCAGUCGGAACCGCAUAGCACGCAAAAUCUUUUCAGGUUGUACGGCCUGGAGAGACUAGCGAAGUCUGUGGCGCGAGUGGAUCCGGUGACCGGCGAGAAGAUCAACAAAUUGCGAAAGUCUUACGAAGGCCACAUCAAAACCCUGCAGAUCGCAGGCAAGCCAAAGGCGGUGAAGAUGGACGAUGUGUUUAGCGGCCCAAUGAGUCUGCCAGAUGAUCAUUGGGGGGCGAUCAACGCUGGGAAAGAGCCUUGGAGACAACUGAAUCGCGAGGAAACCGCUCUGGUACCGGACUUCAGCAGUCUACUCGACAGUGCAUUAGGCGGCAUGGGGCCUGGCGCAUUGCCACCUUCAGAGGCGUCAAAGUACAAGGCAUACAUUGGCACAGACGACAACCUCCGCGCGAAGCCUGUUGCCGAUACCCAAGCUCGCACACCACUUCCUUCCUCGGCGCCGACACAGAGCAGGCAUGCACUGCAGCGAAGACCAGAGAGAUCAGGCUCGAAACGACAGUACAACGAGGACUCUUACCAAGGCUACAGCGAGGGCUACGGCGACGACUUUGCAACCGACUCGACAGGCGAAGACGGCGCACGAGGAAGUUUCAAGAGGCGGAAAACACAGUUUGAGCGGACCCCGCACUCAGUCGAAGUUGGCGGUGCUCGGCGGUGA